UGGAUGUAUGUCCCCGUGGGAAGAAAAAGUCAGCUGAAAAAAGUCGUCACUUUGUCACAUGAGUUAUUUAAUCCCCAUAUUUUUAUUACUUAAUGAGGAGAUGGCGAAAGGCAAAACGAAGAUCAAGAGCAGUGAAGACUUAGCUCCACCCCAGGCUCAGUCACUCAGGUCUAGAAAGAGGGAAUGUCCAAGUGAUGACAUUUCUCUAACCGAUGAUGUUCAGGCUCCACAUCAACAGGAUGCUGAAGAGUAUAACUCAGCAGUAGUUUCCACACCACCACAGUGUCCUCAGUCUCUUGCUCAGGAAUGUGCUAAGACUACAAAUCAGCAGGAAGCAGAUCAAGCCUGUGCCACAAAACAGGAAGAAGAUGCAGGCUGCUUUACAAAUGUGGAACUUCAAGAGCAAGAUGCUAACAAUCCCAAAAAUGAUUCUCAGCUGGAAGACCUUCAAGUACUUUCUGAAAAUUUCACCAACAAGAGUGGAACAAAUGAGGAGGAAAUGGAUUUAGAUGAAUGUAACAGAUCAUUGUAUGACACACGCACAGAUCAGCUCAAGGUCUUCUUGCCUAUCACCAAAGAACAUGUCCAGUCCUGCCCGGUUGCUUUGAAUGGAAAGGAGAACUCUGAUGUGGAGAGCAAUCAACACACUGGCCCAGAAGAACCUACCAAUGUGUGCUUGGGUGAUGUCACAAAGGGGUCGGUAGCAGGAUUGCCAGCCAAGAAAAAGCGAAGGAUGGGCAUGUGUGGCCUGACAGAGAAGGAGCGGAGUCAUUUUUUAAUGACACAAAAGCGUGAAAACGGGCAAAACAGAGAGGGUAAAGUGGAGAAACCUAUUUGCGAGAACACAGCUGAACCUGUGACUGUGGAAGAAAACACAUCUUCACUCCCGUUACCAUCCUCACCUCCAUCCAUCCCAGCAGACGGGCAGAACGGGGAGCCGAGAGAGGAAGAGAUAAAGCUUCAGCCUAGUCACUGUAAAGGAGAUGAAAGAACACACAGAGCAGAAAGUGAAGCCUGUGCUUCUGUCAGUCCUUCAGAUGGCUCCACCGCUGGUUUCGAUUCCGGCUGCUCAGAGGGAAAAGGUAGUGAGCGUGAAGAUGGCAUAGUUACUGAUUCAGAGCAAGCCGGUGACUUAGAUCACAUUGCAGAAAAAGAAGCAGGGGAGGAUUUGGGCAGCCAAAAACUCCAAGAACUCAAAGUUUGUACCAAUGAAAUUAUGGCUGAAGUACCUAAAAAUCAAGAGGAAGCUGGCUUAGCAGAAGCAAACUGCAGCUCUGCCAUGUCUUUCUGCACAAGUCAAGAUGAGAAGACUGUCCACCUGCAGGCUCUCCUUCUGCAGGUGGACAGUGUUACUGGAACAAGAGAUGAGAAGGAGGAAGAGAUCAGCGGGAAUGUGUUCAGUGGUGAUGGAGCUGAUAAAAAUGUCUCCUGUUCACACACCCAAAUGGGAGGAUUAAACUGUGGCUCUGUGGAAAUCUGUGAGAGCGCAGCUACACCCAGUGUCUCAGAGAGGAAAGACAGUUGUGAUCCUGAUGAACCUGCUGCUGGUCCGUCAGCUGUUCACGCUGAUCGCUCGCAGACACUCUCACUCACUGCUGACUCGUUUGGAUCUGGGUGCUUAGAUUAUGUGUCGGACUCCCAGCUGAACACCAUCGUUCUGAUUGAGGAUGAGGCGAUGCAGAAAGAGGAAGACCCUGAUUCCUCAGACUGUGAUGAAGAUGGUACAGACCUAAUCUGCGGACUUAUCAGAGAACUCUCCUCUCUAAAUCGGAGAGUCAUGGCUGCUCAUCGAGAGCUGGAGAGUCUGCGCCGUAGCAGUAAAAGUUCAAGGAGCUCAACUCGUUAAGAGAGUUGUUUCAGGUUUCUUCAGUCCUUAUUUUACUGCUGCCCCAGUGGUUCACUGGUAAAGAACAUGUUUUAAAGUGUUUACUGUUCUGGAGUUAACUGCAGCUCAGUUUUGUUUUGCUUUUUUAGUUUAAUGACUCAUUCCACUUCUUCCCAAAUAAAGAUGGAUGUUUAUUACAUG